AUGCAAUUGGCGAUACAACUCACUGUGAACAAGCUCAAAUGUCCAGAAGACGGUUAUGGGUUCUAUAUCCCAGAAUUAGAUUCGACAAAAUUAUUACAUUUUUUUACAUAUAUAUCAACGAACGAUAAAUCAGCUCAAUAUAAAAUGGAGAACUUAAAACCAUUUAUGGCUGCUUAUGGAUGUGGCUUAUGUUACACUCCGGGACUUCUAUUCAAGUGUAACCAAGCGCCGAAAAACAGAGUUGUUACAGCACAAAAGAAGAAGGAGUCCGAGAAGACAAAGAAAAAAACUGUUGCAUUGCGCGUUUAUCCAUUCGAUAGUGCUGCAGAUUUACGUUCAAAUGUAUCACACGAUUAUCACAUUAAAAAAAUGUCAGAUGAAACUCUUUCCGAUUCUCAUGGUCAUUUAGGAUUUUCUGAAUUUAGAAAUUUAAAAGAAUUUGAUAUUGCACAGUCAUUUUUAAUCGACGAUCUACAUGCCGUGUACGAAGACGUGAUGAGAGGAGUUGUGAUAACGCCAACAACAGUGAGAAAACAUUAUUUCCAUGGUCAACACAUGCGUGAUUUUGGUUGUCAUCUUCAAAAUAAAUCACAGCGAUUUAUAGAAAAUUACACGAAACAAAUACAAUCUAACACGGAAAAAAUAUUGAAAAAGAAAAAAGAUUCAUCGUUUGAAGAACAACUCCCAGUUUUUGACGGCGAAGAAAUUAUGUGGCUUGAAGAUGGUGAGGUAUGGUUUUACCUUGAAAUAAAACAACAACGUCAACAAUUUAUUCGAUCAAAACCGUCUCAUUCACAUGAUUCCGCAAGGCAUAAGCGAAUGAUGACAGCUGGUAGCGAACAACACGAAAUAACACAAUUAACAAUAACUAAUCAUAACCAUGAGGAAAAUCAACGCGAAUUGGAACAUAAAUUAUUGAAUUACAAGCCAAAUUUAAAAUCUUCACUGGGCGGUAGUUAG